AUGAAAUUCCCCGGCUCUGUCCUGGUGUCCGUGUUCCUGUUCGUGGCCGAGACCGCGACCGCCCUGUACCUGAGCAGCACCUACAGCUCUGCGGGAGACCGCAUCUGGCUGUCGCUGACCCUGCUUUUCUCCCUGCUGCCCUGCGUGCUGGUGCAGUUCACGCUCAUCUUCAUCCACCGAGACCUGAAAAGGGACCGGCCGCUGGUGCUGCUGCUGCACUUGCUGCAGCUGGGACCCCUGAUCAGGUGUGUGGAAGUCUUUUGCAUAUAUUUUCAAGCUGGCAGAAUUGAAGAACCUUAUGUCAGUAUCACCAAGAAGAGGCAAAUCCCUAAAAAUGGACUCACAGAAGAAAUUGAGAAAGAAGUGGGCAGGGCAGAAGGCAAGCUGUGCACCCACAGGUCAGCGUUCAGCAGGGCAUCGGUCAUCCAGGCUUUUUUGGGCUCAGCUCCCCAGCUGACCCUGCAGCUAUACAUAAGCAUCUUGCAACGGGAAAUCACCAUAGGGAGAAGUGUCUUCAUGACCCUGUGCCUGCUGUCUAUCGUAUACGGGGCUUUACGUUGCAACAUCCUGGCCAUCAAGAUCAAGUACGAUGAAUACGAGGUCAGCGUGAAGCCUGCCGCCUAUCUCUGCAUCUUUCUCUGGCGGAGCUUUGAGAUCGCAACACGUGUCGUGGUCCUGGUCCUUUUCAGCUCAGUCCUCCAAAUCUGGAUCCUCCCGGUGGUACUCCUCAAUUUCUUUGGCUUUUUUUUUUACCCCUGGAUUCUCUUCUGGAGGAGUGGCUCCCCCUUUCCAGAGAAUAUCAAGGCCAUGAGCAGAAUGGGCACCACCAUCGUGCUCUGCUUCCUCACCUUCCUGUACGCAGGCAUCAACAUGUUUUGUUGGUCCGCCGUUCAGCUGAAGAUCAACAGCCCCGACUUGAUCAAUAAGUCCCAGAACUGGUACAGGCUGUCGGUCUAUUACAUGCUGAGGUUCAUUGAGAAUGCUUUCCUCCUCCUUUUGUGGUACAUCUAUAAGACAGACAUUUAUAUGUACGUGUGUGCUCCCUUGCUCAUUCUGAAGCUGCUGAUUGCAUAUUGCACAGCCAUCCUAUUUAUGCUAGUGUUUUACCAGUUUUUCCACCCUUGCAAAAAGCUCUUCUCCUUUAGUAUUACUCAAGGCCUGCUGUCAUGCUUCAGGUGUCUUUGCUUUCCUUGUAAAAGGCGGAGGCACAGCGACCCUGCAGAAAGGGCAGACUUGAAGUCACAGGAUGACUCUGAAAUCCCCAUCCAGCCGCAGAAAAGCGAGUCACAGAGCAGAAACUCACAGCUGAGUGUCCCUUCUGAUUCUUAA